CAUCUCUCAGCCUUCAGGGGUUGCCAUGUACCUGUGAGUAUAUAAGAGAACUGAGCUCAUUCAGAAAAUAAGACAACGAGAGAGAGACACACACAGAGAGAGAGAGAGAGAGAGAUUCAUUCACAGACACCAGGGGGAAAAGUGCUAACCGAGCGCAGUGGAGGUGAGCUCGAUAAGAGCUGGAGACCCAAAGAAGAGAAGAUUCAGAACUUCAACUCAUCGACACAUUUAGAAAGAUGCUCUGUCCUUCCUGGCUUUUGGCUGCAGCAGUCUUGUGUUUUCACAGCCCAUAUGUAGACGGCCGCUGCCUGGAUUUGAUAGACUGCAUGGGCCUUAAAUCUAAUGAGCAAAAAUGGCUAUGUGUCAGACAGUGCAGAUCUGCGCAAGAAUCCUCCAAUUACAGAAGUGUGUCUUCAUCCGAACAGCCGAAGAGUGAAGAAGAGGUUGGGGAGGAGAGUCUCAGUUUGAGCUUGCUCUUAUCUGCUCUGUAUCCUGACUCGAUCGCACUUCAAGACCCCAAUGGAGAAAGCACUCACAAUGACGAGAGGAGGUCUUACUCCAUGGAGCACUUCCGCUGGGGUAAACCCAUGGGCCGCAAGCGUCGACCCGUCAAAGUCUUCACUAACGGCGCUCUGGAGGAGGAGCCGGAGGAACCAGAGGAGUUGGAGGAAAGCGUCCGGGUGGAGCGAGGGCAGGGCGGCACGCUCAAUGUUCAAAACAGGAACAAUGUAAAGAACAAAGGGAAGUAUCGCAUGACCCACUUCCGCUGGAACUCGCCACGUGACAAGCGCUACAGAGGCUUCAUAAGGCACUUUCCGGUGUGGUGAAGAGAUGAGCCCCAGCAAUCCGAUUGGUUGCCUGGUUACAAAUCAGAUAUCACUUUAUUAUACAAGUCGUUUGAAAUACGAAAAUGUAUGUACGGUAUACUGUCCUUGUCCAGAAAGGU